UUAAAUUUUUGAAAAAAUAUAUUUAUGAAAUUUUAAUAUAAGAUAUGAUAUUUGAUUUAAAAGAAUUCUUUACUGCUUAUCUUGAUGACCCUGAAAAUUUUCUUUUAGAUGAUAAUAUUGAAGAUGUUUCUAAAGAUGUCAAUUCUGCUAUAGAUAAUAUUAUUGAUGCAAUAUCAGUAUCUUUAGAAAUAAUUUUAGAGGAAGAAUAUAUGAAAAGUUUAUUUGCGAUAUUAAGGACAUUUGAACACGUUCCAUCUGGUUCUUCUAAUAAAUUUGUAGAUCUUAUUAUUUCAAGUCUUCAGCAAGUUACCGAAUCUCUAUCAAGAGACAUCUUGGAAAAUGAAAUAGAUAUCCAAGACCAAAGAAAAAAUAUAUUAGAAAUUCUCGGAUUUUCUCUUUAUUGGCUUGUUUCUAUUAUAGAAAGAACCACUUCAAAUGUUUCUCAUUCUCAAAAUUUUUCUCGUGGCACUAAGUCUUCUAAAUUUAAUAAAAAGAAUCAGAAACAAGAGAGUUUGGAUUUUAAUUAUUUUUUCCAUAAUUCGCUAGAUGUUAUGUGUAAAAUUCUUGGUCUCAGAUUAAGUAAAUUAUGGGUUACAAUUCCCGAAAGAGAUAUAUUUGUUAGUCUUUUUAUUCGAUCAGCAUAUUUAAUAUUUGAAAAUGAACAGCUGAUGAAAAUUUCUUCAGUUAAAAUGAGGGUUUUUAAGUUAUUAUGUAUUGCAGUGAAACACCAAGGUCAUGCUUUUGGGGCUCAAACUUCACUCAUUCAGGGUUUACAGUAUUACGAGCACUUGCCAGAGCCUGUUGCUGAAUUUUUACAGAUUCUUUCUGAACAAUAUGAUUAUCCUCAAUUAUUAGAUGAAAUAUUGCGUGAAUUAAGUGUUAAAGAAUUUAAUAGUAAUGAUAAUAAAGGGCCUAAAUCUAUUUCUUUAUUUUUAGUAAAACUUUCAGAUAUGAUGCCAAGAAAUGUCUUAAAACAAAUGACUAUGAUAAUUAAAUUUUUGGAUAGUGAUUCUUAUACUUUACGAUGUGGAAUAAUUGAAGUUUGUGGAAAUUUAAUUUCGGGUUUACUUCAAUUAGAACAGUCAGAUGAUCAUAAAGGACAGAUAGAUCGUUUUUUUGAUAUAUUAGAAGAGAGAUUUUUGGAUGUUAAUCCUUAUUGCCGGAGUAAAGUAAUUCAAGUUUAUUUAAAACUUUGCGAUUUAAAUAAUAAAUUUCCAAAGCGUCGACAAAUUGUUACUGAUUUAUGUGUACGUAGUCUUCAAGAUAAGAGUAGUAAUGUUCGAAAAAAUGCAAUUAGGCUUUUAUCUAAAUUGAUAUCUACACAUCCAUUUUCUCUGAUGCAUGGUGGGCAACUUUUUAAAAAAUUAUGGUAUGAUCGUCUAGAAGCUGUAGAAAAACAACUAGAUCUUCUUAAACCACUUGUUGAAUCACCAGGCUUGGUCAAGAAAAAAUCGUUGGAUGAUGAUAAAAUACUUGAAGAUUUUGAGAAUGCUAAUUUAGAUGAUGAAAAAAUUAUAUAUAAAGAGUCUUUUUUAGGAAUAUCUUUGGAAAAUGUAAAAGAUAAUUCUGAUUCUAAUAUUUCUUUUGAUAACUUUAUGAAAUUACAUUUUACUAGAAGAUAUUAUUGCGAAGCAUUAAAAUUUAUAGAAAGUUUACAUACGGGUUCUGUACUUGUUAAUCAAUUAUUAGCUUCUAAAAACAAAAGUGAGGUUCUUGAAGCAAUGGAAUUUUAUGUUGUUGCAGAUGCAUAUAAAUUAGAAAUAGCUAAAAGUGGAAUUCGUAAAAUGUUACAUCUCAUAUGGACUAAAAGUACAAGCGAUGAAGGAAAAGCUGUCCAGGCUAAACUUAUUGAAUGUUACAGAGGGCUUUUUUUUGAUCCUCCUGAUGGUCUUAAUGCUAAUGAAGCUGCAAAUUAUAUUGCACGAAAUAUGAUUAGUCUUACAUACGGUGCAACGUUAGCCGAGCUUACAUCGUUGGAACAGCUUUUAUGUGUAAUGAUGAGAGAAGGUUAUAUAUCUGAUAAUGUAAUUAAGAAACUUUGGAGUGUUUAUGGAGCUCAAAAAGAAAAUGUUUUAAAACAGCAGAGACAAGGCGCAAUAAUUGUUCUUGGUAUGCUUGGAUUAGCAGAUAGUGAUGUUAUAGCUUCUGGAUUAGAAUGUUUAUUACAUGUUGGUUUUGGCAAUUACGGAAAAAAUGAUUUGUUUCUUGCUCGUUAUUCAUGUAUUGCACUGCAAAGGUUAAAACAAGUAAAUGGGAACUCGAAAAACUCUUCUGACUAUUUUCAAGCAAGGCUUGUAGACGAGCAUAUUAUUUUUUCAAAACUUGGAAAUAUUAUUUUAUCGCCAACUGAAAAUGUAGAAUGGUUUAGUGUUGCCGAACAAGCCAUUAAUGCUAUUUAUUUACUUGCACAAUAUCCUGAUAAAAUUUGCACUAAUUUAUUGCGCUCUAAAUGCAAAAGUGUGUUUAAAAGUUUUUCUGCGAAGAAAAUAAGUUUAGAUGAUGAUUCUUUAUCGAUAAAAUCUUCAUCAUUGCUUUCUCAAUUGUUAUUUAUUGUGGGGCAUGUAGCAUUAAAACAAAUUGUUUAUAUUGAAUCUUGUGAAAAUGAAUUUAAAAAAAAAAAAUCAGAUAAUCAAAAAGUUGUAGAUUUUCAAUCUCAUUCUUUGAAAACAUCUAGUGCUACUAGUAGUAAUGAAUUAGAUUUUGUUGUUGGAACUAUUGAGGAUGAUUUAUCGGAAGCUAUGAAUUAUAUAAGGGAAUAUGAGCUUCUAUAUGGGAAUAACUCUUUACUAGCCAGAUUUGGCCCUUUAGUGCAAGAAAUAUGCAUUAACAGUCAUUUAUAUAAGGAUUCAUGUUUACAGUCAACAGCAGCGUUAACCUUAGCUAAGAUGAUGUGUGUUUCAGCUCGGUUUUGUGAGUUGAAUCUUCCUUUGCUUUUUAAUAUUUUAGAAAAAUCACCUGACCCAUUGAUACGUAGUAACUUACUUAUUGCUCUUGGUGAUAUGAAUGUUUGUUUUAACCAUCUUAUAAAUGAAAAUACAGAAUUUUUAUAUAGACGUUUAAAAGAUAAUGAUUCUUCUGUUAAGAAAACAUGUUUAAUGACUUUAACAUUUCUUAUUCUUGCUGGACAAGUAAAAGUUAAAGGGCAACUUGGGAAAAUGGCUAGAUGUUUAGAAGAUAAUGACCGUCGUAUUGUAGAUUUUGCUAAAAUGUUUUUUACUGAACUAUCUACAAAAGAUAAUUCUAUUUACAAUAAUUUUUUAGAUAUUUUUAGCUCACUUUCAAAUGAUUCUGAAUCUUUAGAUGAAGCUAGUUUUAAGCGUAUUAUUCGUUUUUUGAUUUCAUUUAUAGAAAAGGAAAAACAUGCAAAGCAAUUGGCUGAGAAGCUUGUAGUAAGAUUAUCAAAAUGUGAUACGGAAAGAAAAUGGAAUGAUACGGUUUUUGCAAUUUCUCUUCUCCCUCAUAAAAAUGAUGCGAUUCAUAAAAUAAUAACAGAUGGCUAUUGCCAUGAUAUUGGUAUAAAACAACCUAUUUAUUGAAUAUUUUAGAAAUUAUAUGAUUAAUUAAUAUGGAUUGAAUUGAU